ACCAUGGAUAAACCAUAUCGUUGAUUUAAGUAAUGCCAAUGAUGAUAAGUUGAUGGAUUUGUUCUGAAAUGUGGAUGUGUUUUGUCUUCACUUAAAGUGCGUGAGUUAGCUGAAAAGGAGCCUGUAAAUGCUGCUGCAGUGAUUUUACCAGAUUCUUGACUAUCAUACUCAUUGGAACAACCUAUUGCUUUAUUUUUCUUUACUAGUUGGAAUGUUGUUUUCAUCUUUGGGUAUAUCCCAAAGACUGGUGAAGACUAGAGGUAUGCAAUAGCACUAGUCUUUGCACCAUAUUCUUAUCUCUUUUUUGUGUGGACAGAUAGUAGGCAGGGAACGCCAGAAAAGUGAGUGCAGUCCGGUUUGAAAGAGUUAAAUGAUAUGAAUAGAAGUUUCAGAGGCACGCGAUGUAAGAAACAUGGUUCCCAAAUUCGUGAGAAAAUGGAGCAGUGAGGAAGAGUCCUCUGAGGGGGUAACCAGCAUGCUCUGAUGAGCAUUUAAUUCCUGAAAAUGAAAGUAUGAAAACAGAGUAAUGAUCAUUGCUCCUGUUUUGGAGUAAUGGUUUUAUGCUCUUUCUCUCUGUUUAACAUAGUUAGCUUCUUUAAGCAUCUCAUUCAAGAGUAUGAAAACAUUAAGUUAUGUAUUUUCACCGUUAUUGCGGUCAUAGUGGAUGUAGUAGUCUCACAAGAUGCAAUGAGUAAGCUAAAUAUAAGCUCCACAGGUCUUUCCUCAUUCACCAUAUCACCUUCUUUCUUCACCUCAUCUAUCAUUAUAUAUCUCCAUGAAGUCUCCAUAUCUUUAAUUCAUUUGAUGAUGCUUCUUCUCUCCUCUCUUCAAACGUUUUAUUUUUUCAUCUUCAUCACAUUUCGGCGUGUGCCUUUUAGCUGGAAAAAAUGGACGCCAAGUGCAAAUAACUAGACAAAUCCUAAUAUGGACCAAAGAUAUUACCAUAAGACCAAUGUAGAGAGCCUUCCAAAAACAAGGAUCAAAAGGAGACUUAACUAAAUAAAAAAAAAACUGAAAUCUCUAAAGUUUACUACAGGGUUGUUUUUUUUUCUCAAGUUUGAUGUCACUUUGUGGGUUCAUUAUAUCCUUCCGAUGGUAUCUUUGACCUCAAAGACCCUUUGGGAGGAGCUAGUUAGAUUCUAGAUGCUCUCGUGUUGUUAGGUCGAUUUUGUGUAUGAAUCUUUCCUUUAACACUCUGGGACCGAGACGCUGCAGAGCAAUCUGUCUCAUCUACCUGUGGAAGUCCGCCUGCUUGAAUAACAUGUUAUCCUUCCCAAAGAUUCUAACAAGAGCUUCUGGAUAACUCUUGAUGAAACACUCGUUGUCUUGAUUGAAAAUCUCAAAAUUCACUGUCAGGACUGUCGAAACAAUAGUCUUGGAGCCGAGGACGCUCGUCCGGAACAAUGAACCGUGCCUGAAGCACAAACCAGAGAGAAGAAAGAAGAGAUAUGAGGCGGAAUAUUGACACCUGUAAAAACCAACUUUGACAUUCUUUUCUUGGCAAAUGGAGGGGAUAUCUCGUCGAAACUUACAAGACAAACUAAUACAUACUAAUAAAAUAAAAUAAAAUACAUAACUUAAGAUACAAGUUUUGAUUCAUUUUCUGCUUUGUUUUUCUUAGUUGUGCAUAAAAUUUAAAGUUACAAAAAUUAGUAGACCAAAUAUAAGAUCUUGACAACUAGUAAAGCUAUAAAGCUAUAAAG